ACAUAUGUACAUGACGUGACUCACACGAUGUGCGGUGUCGCGUCUGCGCAAUACCGGAAGCAAAUAAUUCCUCUGAAGAGACGGCUACAUCUGUACAAAAUAUCUGGCUGACGAGAAUACGACCAAAGAAACAGGUUGCUGUUGGCACUCCUUGAAUGGAAGUGGAGAGGACCCGAGAGAUGGGUCCAGAGAGAGUACUGCCAAACUCCGAGGAGGAUCUGGUGCAGGACCGGCCUCUAGACACGGCUGUGCCGGAGGAAUGGAGCGGAGAAGACAUGGAGGAGGAAGAAGGAGGUGCUGGAGACGAGGAUGAUGCAAAUGGCGGCUAUUAUUAUCAACCUCUUAACCAAGACCUAGACGGGAUGAUCAACACACACGCAGAGCCAGCAGAGGAAAGCUCAAACGCGGAGGAGAUUCAAGACGUCCAUGAGAGAAUAGAGGCCAUGGGUCUGUUCCUACCCCAGCCUCCACCUCCUGACAGUGAUGAAGAGGAGGAUCCCGAAGGAGCGGCUUCUGCCCGGAGUCCGGCUUCCAUUCCUAUGGAUGAAGAUCACGUCGAGCUGGUGAAACGGACAAUGGCUGCCAUCAAUUUGCCUACAUUGGGUAUCCCUACCUGGGCCCAGGACAUCACUGAUGACCAGUGGAAGGAUAUGGUCCAGCAGACACUUCAGUCCAGACAAAGCUCUGCAGGCCUGAGACUGGAACGCAAGUGAUGAAACCGUUUCAAGAUCAUCACCCACUACAAGACUUGCUGCAUAAACGUUUAAAAGAGUGUCUGACAUGCGGUCACUCUGAAGACACUGGAAUCUUAUGGGGCAUACGGGUUGAUUCAAUCACAUAAACAAUUACACAGGAUUAUGGACUGACAUUUACAUUUAAAAAAAUACCAUAAAAACAACCGUGUCUGUAAUUUAGUUAUGCAGUGUUAAUCUUUUUUAAUUAUAUUGUAGUAAAGGGGAACUAUCGGUUCCUUUUCUACAGCCAUAUAGACAAAUAAUAGUGCAUUAGUGAAGUGUUAGUCACAACACCUGUACAGUGAAUGAGUAGUCAUGCGUUUCACACUUCCUUUAGCAAACAAAUGAACAACUCAUCUUUUGUGUUCCUUUAUUUUUGUUCUGUACAUACAUGAACAUCUGUACAAAAUAUGACUUUCAUACUAUGUAAUGCUUAACCUAAUUAAAGUACAACAUAUGUACAUAUGA